GUGGGUCGAUGCAAGCACGAGAGGAGGUCGUAGCCCGAUGUGCACGCGUUCUCAUCGAAGAUACAACAAAUCUUGCUGCUUGUGCGUUAAUCAUGUCUACGUAUGCAGAUGGAAGUGCUUGCCUGCAGAUCUAAUGCCCCAAUCUCGGCGCUGCGCACUCAGCUUUGCUUAUCAGAUAUUCUUUCGAAAGGCGCGAGCUGGCGCGUUUUUUUCUUGGCUGGCGAUGCACUCUUCCGUCACAGUACAUUUUUUUCGCCUCUCAGGGCCGUUCCUUCAGGUGUAGUGUACUGCAACGUUUGCGCGAGUUUCCCAGCUCAGCGCAGCACGCCCAAUUAAUACGAGCAGUCGCUGACGGACCAACGCGCGUCACUUGCGGCAGCUGACACGUGGUAAGCACACGCCGUUCGAGCAAAAUUUACUUAAUUUAGUGGCAGAGAUAGCGCGCCCACUGCAAGCGACACCGUCUGUUCGGAUCACCGCCGUCUCAACAAUGUGCUUUGUUCGUGCUAUGCAGGCCUCACUUUAAAAAGGUCACUCUGUAGCAAGAUCCUUGCUGCUUUUCAGCAUGUUUCGAAUAACGGCUGUUUCAAGUUCUGCAAGGCAACUGAGGUGGCUGGCCCUCAGGUCCCUGCUUAAUACUCAGUGCCGCACGACCACCAGUGAGGCCUCAGUUGUGGAACGCGAGGUUCGAGAGUUGCAGAUCCCCGUUCCGCAUGGGCACCUGGCUGCCAAGCAGUGGCUGCCCACAUCGGCCGAGGACCCAAGCCGACGUGUUCUCAUGAUCCAUGGUUACUUGGACAACGCUGGAGGCUUUGACCCCCUUGUGCCAUGGCUUAACCCUCGGUGGCACAUUGUAGCCCCAGAUUUAACGGGCCAUGGCCUGUCUUCACACUUGCCCAAUGGAAUACCAUAUACUUCAUUGCAGUUUUGGUUCGACAUCGCAUACACAAUAGACCAUCUUGGCUGGAAUCAAUGCUCCAUAAUUGGGCACAGCAUAGGCGGUCAAGCGGGCUUGCAUUACAGUAACCUUUUUCCUGAGAGGGUGCAAAACUUGGUGAUGAUUGAUGCCUUGGCACCUAUGUUCGACCAACCUAGCAAAUUAUCGCGCAGCGUAAGAGAAGUGGUUGAGGGCAACAUACGGUUUGAUCAUAAGGAUCUCGGUAAGCCACCUUCUUACACGGAGGAAGAAGUGAUAAAGCUUUACCGGCGUAGCUUAGUUCCGGGCUACCUUCCUGACAAUAUUAGAACAUUGAUGAAACGCGGUUGCAAGCUUGCUGAGAACGAUCGUUACGUCAUGACCAAGGACGCCCGCCUCAGGCACAUCCAGUGGAUUCGGAUUGACAGUAGUGCUCUGAAGAAAUACUACACUGGCUACACUAACAACCUGCUGGUACUGAUGGCUGUUCCUGGCUUCGGAUAUACAUCUGCAAAGCACAAGAUACUAGCUGAUGCCUGUGCACAAAGCUGCCGCAAGUUUCAGGUUGUUCAGAUAGAGGGCAAUCACCAUGUGCACAUGACUUAUCCAGAUGUGGUCGCUAGUCACAUACGCCCCUUUUUAGAUCCACACUGAUGUGAAAAGUAAUACAAUGACCUUGUUUUUUUUUGUUUUUUUUGCCAGGCUGUGAAGGUGGUGAUUUUUUUCUCUGUGUUGAAGCAUUUUUUUUUACGAAUGCUAUACAUUGAGAGCAAUGUCAUUUGUAGCUUCAAGGUGGCUGUGUUAUGUUUGCUGCAGUUUUUUGCUGACUGUGUAAGGGCAUUUGAUAUUCAUGGAAUCUCAGAAUUUCACUAUGAGUUUGAAAGUUCCUUAUAUGAAACAAAAGCUAACAGGUGAGAUGCACUUAUCUAGCAUGAGUGUGACUAGCUAACUUUUAUUUGGUAGGAGAUAUUUAUAUCACUCUUGCUUUAACUUUUGUAUCGUUACCUUUUUUGUGCAUCUUUUCUUCGAGUGUUUUUCAUCCAGUAUGCUUGCACGAAAUAGUCAUUUUUCUGCUUUUAUAAACAUGGGGUUUGUGUGACUUUACUACAAAAAAAACAUGUCCUUCCAUUUUUAGAGUUUCGAGAAGCUUCAUCUAACUAAUCGUCAAGGUGGACCUUCUGGGCAUUUUCACAGAAUGCGCAUUGACUGACUAAAAAUGUUUCCGAAACUCAAGUGCUUUCUCAUUUGUACGUGAUAAAGUGUAUUACUCCCGUAUUCACAAAUGCUCAACAGGAAUUUCGUCCUUUGCGUGACAGAGUUGAGCACUGCACCGCUGCUCGAGUACAAACGGCGCUCUACUUAUCAAUAAAUGUUGCAGAUUAUCUCUGAUAUGCAGGGACUUGCUCUGCCUAUAGGUGGUGCCCCCAUCGACUUUCUCAAGUCAAGGUGAAGCAUUGAGUGAAGGGACGUUCUAGAAUACGAGGGUUAAAUAUAGGCAAAGUGGGAAGCAAGGGAAGUCAUAGUUUCCCAUGCUCAAGAUUCUUUCUUGGUGUUCUUUGAAAUAUAUACGAAUGUGUGGGUGAACUAACAGAAUGAGUAAAUUAUCUAUCUUUAUAUUGUUAAUCCACUCCUAGUGUCACCAGAAGUUGUCAGUGACUCGGUCAGUGUCUCGAUGGCACCUAACAUCAUUUACUAUGGGAAACAAAUUUGAUAAAAUUUGUAAUAUUGAGUUACAAAGAUUUUGAUAACAUAUUUCAGUCUGUGAUGUGAUGUGUACAUGUUGAGAUUUUCUCAUAAAUUAAUAAAUGGAACCUUGAGAAAAGAAGAGCGAUUUUUGUAACCUCUAU